UCGACUCCUUAAAUUUCUGUGGAAAAAAAACACCAGCAGAGUAACUAAAACAAUAUAAUGGGUUAUGUGAUCUACUUAUCGUUUCCGGCGAUUCUACUCCUUUUGAUCGUAGCUAUCACUUUUUAUCUCAUCGGAAGAAAAAUCGGCCGGCGAGAAGGGAUAGAAGCAGCGUCCCAGUUUCACUACGGACCGCCGUUGGCUAAUUUCCCGGCACCUGCACCACCGCAUAAAGCUAUGGAGAAGCCACCGGAACCGGUUUAGUGUGUGUAUGAUGACGUAAUACUUACGUAAACAUCCUAUGUAGUGUGUGUGUGUAUUAUUAAAUAAGAUGUCACUCUUAUUGGGCCGAUGUUGAAGCCUGAUAAAAUUUAUCUUGAUUGGGCCUAGGGUUUAAAAAAAAACACUUCUUCCCGUUUUGUAUUUUAACGUAAUCACACUUACUACCGUUUUACCUAAUGCAACUUAGAAACUACGCGGCGUUUUGACGGAAGAAGAAAAAUAUUCGCUACUUCUUUUACAACUUUUGUCCCAACGCAGAAAAGUCCUCUCUUUCUCUCUCUCUCUCGAAUAAAAUUUUUUCAUUUGCUGCGUCCUUCUGGUACUUGAAGCGAUGACCAUGGCAGCAAAUCUCGCGCGACGGCUGAUCGGAGGAAACCGAUCGACUCAGAUCCUUGGUGCUGUGAACUCUAGCUCAGGUGCGGCUACUUCCGUCGCUAGGGCUUUCUGCUCCUCCACCACUCCGAUCACCGCAACUCUCUUCCCUGGUGAUGGGAUCGGUCCCGAGAUCGCCGAAUCUGUCAAAAAGGUGUUUACAACAGCUGGUGUGCCAAUUGAGUGGGAAGAACACUAUGUUGGGACUGAGAUAGAUCCGAGAACACAGAGUUUCUUGACAUGGGAAAGUCUCGAAUCUGUGCGUAGAAACAAAGUUGGUUUGAAAGGUCCAAUGGCUACUCCAAUUGGGAAAGGUCACCGUUCUUUGAACCUGACUCUUAGGAAAGAGCUUAAUCUAUAUGCCAAUGUUAGACCUUGUUACAGUCUUCCUGGUUACAAAACUCGUUACGAUGACGUUGAUCUCAUUACCAUCAGAGAAAACACGGAAGGAGAAUACAGUGGCCUUGAACAUCAGGUUGUUAGAGGUGUGGUGGAAAGUCUUAAAAUCAUUACCCGUCAGGCGAGUUUGAGAGUUGCAGAAUAUGCGUUUCUCUAUGCCAAGACUCAUGGAAGAGAGAGAGUUUCUGCUAUCCACAAAGCCAACAUUAUGCAGAAAACUGACGGUCUAUUUCUCAAGUGUUGUCGUGAGGUUGCUGAGAAGUAUCCUGAGAUAACUUACGAGGAGGUCGUUAUUGACAACUGCUGUAUGAUGCUUGUGAAAAACCCAGCACUUUUUGAUGUCUUGGUGAUGCCAAACCUGUACGGUGACAUUAUUAGUGAUCUGUGUGCCGGAUUGGUUGGAGGACUAGGAUUGACUCCAAGUUGUAAUAUCGGAGAAGAUGGUGUAGCCCUUGCUGAAGCAGUUCACGGUUCUGCACCUGAUAUCGCUGGAAAGAACUUGGCGAACCCAACUGCCUUGCUUCUUAGUGGAGUGAUGAUGUUGCGUCACCUAAAGCUCAACGAACAAGCAGAACAAAUCCACAGUGCAAUCAUCAACACCAUAGCGGAGGGAAAAUACAGAACCGCGGAUCUUGGAGGUAGUUCGACCACCACGGAAUUCACAAAGGCAAUCUGUGAUCAUCUCUGAACAUCGUAAAGUCCAAUUCUUUAUCGAAUCUUCUUUUGGGAGCCUUUUUUAUAGCCUCGAAUUCUUCUUGUUUCUUGUUUUACGAUUAGAAUAAAAGAAAAAUGAAAAAAACGGCUCUUCAUGAGUUUUGAAGUUAUUGUUUCUGCGUUAAAACGUCUUUUAAAUUUCUUUGCCGUAAGGCAAGAUUCAUAACACUGGAAAAGUGAUGUUCUUUCUGAAUCCAUCAGAAGAAUUUUGUUUUGUUGCUUGAA